GGCGCGCCCUCGUCCAACAUGUCCCGCGCCGAGCGCUUCGACGACGAGAAGCGGCGCAUCAUUGAGUCGUGCUUCUCCAAGCUCGACCAGAACGGACAGCUCGCCGAAAGCUACAUCACCCAUAUUCGCAUACAGGAGGAUGCCCAGUAUCCCUCUGCGCCGCCGCCGCCCGAGAGCUCGUCCGAGAAUAGGAAACCGCGUCUCAUAAUCAUUGCCGUGCGGUCGACGGGUAGAGUCCGCAUGCACAAGGCGCGUGAGAACAACAAUGGCAGCUUCAGCAUUGGCAAGACGUGGAACAUGGAGGAGAUGUCCUGCAUUGAGUCCUUUGCGAAUCCGCCCUCGCCGCCGCAAAGCGAGAAAGAGGCGAAUCACCGCGCGUGGGCUGGCUCGACCGGUUUCGUUGUGACCAUCUCGAAGCCGUACUAUUGGCAAGCUGGAACGAGCAAGGAGAAGGACUUCUUCAUCGCCAGCGCAGUCAAGAUCUAUAGGAAAUACACCAAGGGCCAGGUACCGGAGCUCAAAGGCUUUGAUGAGCGAGAGAAGAAUCAGAUCUUGGGCGGCGGCUUCCCAACUACUACAAGCCCUCCCGGUUCACAGCAAAUUGGGCCUACAGGCGGACGAAUACCGAGCGGCACGCAGCCCCCAGAACCGCUUCAACCCCCAUUUGCUCAAAGAGAGCAAAGUCGAGAUGGCAGUCGCUAUAGAGGGAGCCCAGGUCCUCCGCCAAGCGUCAGUGACCAGAGACCAGACAGUGGACCUUCCAAUAGACACCCGUCUGGUUCUCCUGCCCGUUUUGCACCUCCGCCGGCUCUGCGAGAGCCGCGUCCGUUCGCUAGCACUGAACAGAUGCGUGUUGCUAGCAGAGAUGGACGAUCAGAUUUCCGGCCUGGCACUUCACCCGCACAGAAUGGGUUGCGGUCGCCUUCGGCAGUACACAGAGAUGGCAGACCAAUUGGGCAGCCUCCUCCUUCUCCUAGAAGAGCAGAACCCGAGCAAACCAAGAGCCCACCGUCGCAAUCGCGAUUGCCUCCAAUCGAAACAACCUCUUACAAACAUCAAGGACAAAACGGCGCGCCUAAGCCACCUACAGAGCCUGCCACAGCAACAAGCGAGUCGUCAGCAGGUAUUGAUCUAGGUGACGCUGCCACUAUUGGAGCUCUGACGUCCUUUUGGGGACCUGAACCUAAGGCGGCUGAAGCUCCAUCGCAGCCUACUGCACAGCCUCAGGGCCUUGCCACACCUGAAAAGAUGAGGAGACGAGGACAAAUAGAACCUCGAGAUGGCGAUUCUGACCUCCGCCCAGCGCCAUUGAAAGCUGCCACACCAGAAGCGGCAUUGGACAGAACUGACAGCCCCAAAAUCGACGAGCCUCCUGAGGUCAAGCCACUGCAAGUCUCGAAUAAGUUAGAGACAGAGCGCAGCAUACCUGGCGCAUUCACUCCUGCCUUGUUGCAGCCCUCUCCCGCUUCAACCCUGCCUGGCACGCCCGAUGAAGAAAAACAAGAAGAAGAGCAAUUCCGCCCGGGCCUGGGUCCGAUGUUCAAGAAGAGAGCGAUCGCUGAUCGGCUCAAGAAGGCGGCCACUGCUGCCAAUGCCUUUAAGCCUAGGCCUGGAGGCGCCGCAGAGAAGAUUCUCAAAGCGAAAGCAGAGCGAGAUGGCGAACCGGAUGGGAUUACUGGUGUGGUCCCAAGACCACAGCUGCGCAAACAAGAUGAGCCGCCGAUGACUCCAGUGGACGCAACGCCGACCGACAGUCUUGCUGUCUCAACGCCUGAACGACCGAAGCUGGAGUCGCCAAAACCUGAGCCUCCGGUUGUUGAGAUCUCCUCGCCGCAGUCGCCAGAACAAACGCAAAUACCGCCUCCAGAAGAUGUGCGCCGAAGUGUAGAGCUUUUCGACGGACCGUCGCAACUCCGCCCCACACCUGAUCAGCCAACUGACGAGGAGGAAAGGCUUGAGCAAAGGCAGGUGCGACAAGCACAAGUCAAAAUCAAACGAAGAAGUGCCCAGCAAGAGAAGUACCUGGCCGCGCUAGGCAUUGAUCGCACCUUGCUCGAAGGCAAAGGCUUGGAAUUUGAGAUGAUGUUGACUGAUUUUGGCUGGAACGACAAUAUCUUGCAGCCAAAGCAACUGGCGGCCUUGGAGGUAGAUCUUCGGCGGGAGCAAGGACGAGUAGAAGCUGGCUCGUGGUUGUCUCACACAGAUGCUGCACGAGAAGAAAGAGUGGCUCAAGUGGAAGGACUACUCGACAAGGCAAUCGCCGAAUGCGAUGAGCUGGAAGGUCUUUUGACCCUAUAUCAUGUCGAGCUGAGCUCCCUCAAUGAAGACAUUGCGUUCAUCGAGGCACAGUCACAAGGUCUACAGGUGCAGUCUGCCAAUCAAAAGCUACUGCAGUCCGAGCUACAAAGUCUGGUGGACACGAUGUCUCUUGAUCGGCGUGUCAUGGAGCCUCUACGAUACGGCAACCUUUCAGACGCCAGUGGCCUUGAAGAGGUUGAGAAAAGCCUCGUCAGACUAUAUCAAGCUUUGCUCACAAUGGACCCGACAAUGCGCUCGAGAGGACAAAAUCGACCAAAGUCCAGCUCUGGAGUCGGCGACAACGAUACUUCGGCCAUGGUUGCUCUUCGCGAAAAGAAGCUCGUGUACGAUCGAGAGCUGCACGAUUUCUGUCAGCGUCUGCUACAGUUCUUGGAUUCUAGAUUCAUGACAUCUAUGAACAGUAUCAAAGGACGCGUGCUACGACAGGGAGGCGGCACUGGCUUAGCUAAACUGCAACCAGAAGCUUUCUCUGAGGUGCGAAAUAGUCUUUGGAUGUACAGCCCGCUCUUUUUGUUCGCGAAGGAGCUCAACACUCCCGCUUGGACCACUUUGAUGCGCAUGUACCAGACGCGUGCCAAUCCUUUGUACAAGGAUGCGUUUAAGGAAAACGUUCAAAACUGGAAGCGAGCCGCCCGCGCAAGCACAGGUGAUGAACCUGAAGUUCUCUUCACCGCGCAGGAGAAGGAAGAUCCAGCUGCUGGCGGACUCACAUCUACUGCAAGGAAACUCACCGUGAAACGAUCAAUGACACUAGCCAAGACGCUGCGUGGUACGACUAGUGACAAGCACAACGCAUUAGAGCACAGGCAGCCCGGUGCCAUAAUGCGUUCGCAGGCGUUUGCAGAGGCUCUUAACGAGAUGGCGCCACUUGUCAGCCGUGAACAAAACUUCGUUGUCGACCUCUUCCAUGCCAACUCAAUGGAAACCACUGACUUCAUCGAUGCUGUGCAAUCUGCACCUCCCUCAGCCAGACGGGGUACCAAUCUAUCCGAUCGCAAACCUGUAGAGCCCGAUCGUGAGAUGGCUCAACAUGUGACGGGAGCCAUGAAUAAAAUCUUCGACUUCUUCUUCCCAGAAAUGAAAGCCAUGCAGGACUGGGCUAUGUCGGAAGACCCGAUCCAGGGUGUUGGCAUCAUGGCAAGCCUCUGUAGGCAUUACUUUUACUUGCAAGAGAGCAGCCAGGACUAUCUACUUCAGCUUAUCGAUCAACUUCAAGAUAGCUUGAAGGUUAGAUUCGCCAAAUUCGUCGAGGAACAGAUUCGCGCCAUCGAAGACACCAAAGUCAAGAUCAAGAAGCGGAAAGGCGUCAUCCAGUUUAUGAAGAUCUUCCCUCAUUUUGCAGCUGCGGUCGAGAAUGUCUUUGCUGCCGUGGCAGGCAACGAUUAUGAUGGUCCUGCAGCUUGUGUUAUGGACAUUCGCAUCACACUUGACUCGGCGUACGAAAAGCUUAACCGGACGAUGUUUGAUAGUCUCAAAGUCAUCGCAAAGGAAAGCCCGACAGCACCAGGUGGUAACGUGGCAGGGCAGAAACAGAUUCCUGGCGCGGACGAUCCCGAGGACAAGGAGAUGCUCAACUAUCACAUCCUUCUCAUCGAAAAUAUGAACCACUACAUCGAAGAAGUUGACGAUGGCGGACGCGAUGGCGUGCUUGCAGAAUGGAAGGGACGAGCGCUUCUGGAAAGAGCGGAAGCUCUGGAGGCCUACGUUGGCAGAGUCAUUCGAAGGCCUCUCGGAAAGCUUCUCGAUUUCCUCGAAUCUGCUGAAUCAAUCUUAUCCUCCAACCCUGGCAACCCAGCGUCACUAUCUUCGCGCCCGACUUACUCUCGCAAAGCCCUGCGCACAGUCAUGGCGCAAUAUGAUAGCAAGGAAGUACGGCGCGGCAUCGACACAUUACGGAAACGAAUCGAGAAACAUUUCGGUGAUGCAGAUGAAGAGCAGAUCUCACGAGGACUGGUCAACUUUGUAUGCAAAGAGUGUGAGAGGAACUAUGAAAGAGUGCUAGAGCGUACAGAGACUUUAGUCAGAGAUGUCUACCCGCCGAACCAGGAGGGAGAGAAAGAUGUCAUAAUCGACUUUUCAAAGUCAGAGAUCCAGGCUGGGUUCAGGAGAUGA